CACAUAGUCAUGCCAUUGACACCCCCACCACCGGCUGUUCUGAGCAAUCGUGAUGAUCCUACCCCGUUCAGCCCCUCUAUCCCUCCCACGAUCACCUACACCCUCACAGCAGGAGGUUUGCUCUCUCCGAGGAUCAAGUGCGUAUCCGAGACCAAGAAGGAAUCAUAUACGUUCCAAUCAAAGUCUGACGGGUCAAGUCGGAGCAUAACUAUCAAGGAUCAUAAAAACAAUCAGGUCUGCAAGAUCAAGAACAAGGGUGAGCAUCUUCUCGACCUGUAUCUGACCACGGAAUCCAAGGAUGUCAAUGUCCAGUUCCGGGACAUGAUCGCGUUCAAGAAGGCUGUCGAGAAGAAUUCGCUUCAGUACAAAAAGAUAACAGCGCCCUAUCAACCGGAAUACGACUUUGAGAGGCCCGAUCGAUACGUCUCAGAAUACUCUGGACCUGGUUCUGUCUGCUGGGCAUUUGAAUUUGAGGGUCGCAUCUAUCAAUGGACCACAGGCAAUAGUCAGGGCAUCAUGGCACCCCCAGGAUCAGAUAUUCUAUUGUGUCAUACAACCAGUCUUGGACCUGCCACCAGAGUUGCAAAGCUACAGAGCAGCCAUGUAGGAGCCUCUGACAAGCUGAUAAUCCAUACCGCUUCGAUCGCCAAUGUCGCUGAUAAAACAGGACUGCAUAUCCUUUUGUUGUCAAGCGUUCUGAGUCUGAUGGAGAUUACUAAUGAGAGGAGUCGAGAACUGUUGGAUUUUGAUUAGAAAAAGAACAGUUGCAAUAUUGCUU